AUGCGCGCGUCCGCGGCGGUGUCUAGGCUCAUAUUGAUUACCGGUGACAUUCUUAUCAAUACACCCCGGCGAGCGACCGCUUCACACAACACCCAAAAGAAACAGGAACGUUUCUUCGCGCGCUUCGAACGCAACGCAACGAAAAAAGAGGCGGGGACUCGUCGCCUCAGACGGAGACCAAUAGCCUUCAGGCUGCAGCGGCGCGCGGCCAAUAGCGCCGCGAGGCUGGGGCGGGCGCGCGCGCGCGGCCGCGCCUUCCACAGGCACAGGCUUUUUAUUUAUUGUUGCGCGGAACAGCGCGCGCGACGGGCGUGUGAUGCGUGUGUAGUCAGACGUCGCGAGUAUGGAGUCCGCCGUGGACUCAGCGUCGACCGCGAGCGAAGUGAGCGGUUCCUCCGGGGGCUCGCCCAGGGUGAAAGCGGCGUCUCCGGCCCGCGGCCUCAGCCCGCCGCACAUGUUGGCGCCGAGAAUGCCGCUACCGCCGCCAGGACUCGGCCUUCUAGGCUCCCUCCAGAUGAUGCAUCACUCACCCCUCGAGCUGAUGGCGGCGGCUCACCACCACGGCCCGCCUCGUUACGGAAGCCCGCCUCCGAUUUCCACGUCGGACCCUUCGGCCAACGAGUGCAAGCUGGUUGA